AUGAAUCGAAGUUUAUCAUUUAAAGUUGUUUUAUUAGGAGAAGGAUCGGUGGGGAAAGCAUCAUUCAAAACAAAAAAAUUGACGUUCGAUGGCAAACGUGUUGAACUUGCAAUUUGGGAUACAGCUGGCCAAGAACGGUUUAGAGCUUUGGGACCACUUUAUUAUCGAGAUAGUAAUGGUGCCAUACUUGUAUUCGAUAUAACAGACGAAGACUCUUUUGAAAGAGUGAAAAGUUGGACAAAAGAAUUGAGACGUAUGCUUGGAAACGAUUGUAUAUUAUGUAUUGUUGGCAAUAAAAUUGAUCUUGAAAAAGAUCGACAUGUAUCAAUGCAAUUAGCAGAAGAAUACGCAAAAUCGGUUGGUGCUAAACUUUAUCAUACAUCAGCAAAAUUGGAUAAAGGAGUUGAAGAACUAUUUAAUGAUUUAGCACAAAGAAUGUUAGAACGUUCACCCGGAACGACGGUUGGCGGAGGAACUGCAAAUAAUCAAAAUCGUUCUUCAACAGGCACACGAGGAGGUAUAACUAUUGCACAAUCAGCAACUGGACAAAAUGAUAAUGGACGUUCGAGUGGAUCGUGUUGCUCGUAA